AUGAUAAUAACACCAUAUCUCAACCCUCGCCUCGUCAAGCCGCUCAAAUGGCUCGCAAUUAUUAUCCUACUCUAUUUCCUCUAUUUUUCACUAUUCUCUAUUAAUAAAAAGCCGGGGAAGCCCAGAAAACCGCCAAAAGCAGUGGAAAAUUACACUUGUCCCUUUGAGAAAGCGGAUUUUUCAAAUUUCAAGGAUAAAAAGUUGGAAUUUCAUAAAAACAAUGGAACAGAUCCGAAAAUUCUGGUUAUUUUGGACUCGUUGUUUUCGCGACAUGGAAAAUCGAUAAUUCAAAUUCUGAAUUCACAAAAAUUCGCGUUUAAAGCCGAGGCGAUUUCCAAGAAUUUGCCAGUGCUAACUUCUGCGAAAAGGGGGAAAUAUUCGUUAAUUAUAGUAGAAAAUUACUAUAAAUAUUUGAAUAUGGCUCGUUGGAAUCGGCAGUUAUUGGAUAAAUAUUGUAAGGAAUAUCGGGUCCCACUAUUCUCGUUUAUUGCUAGUAAGCCGAAUGAUCAGUUGAAGAGGAUAAGGAUUAAGGGAAGUUCCUUAUGGAUGUGGCAAAAUCAACGGAUCAAUCGUCUAACUGUCUCACCGUCUCCAAUUCAUAAAAUUUCGAAAAUCGGUGCCUACCGUAAUCUGACAACUCAAGAAUCCGAUUGGAUUCUAUUCGAAAUUUCUGAAAACUUCGAAUCGAUUCUAACCGGGACCGUAAAAAAUGGCUACGAGAGAGCAGUGGUUUUGAGAGACUUAGGCAGAGAGGAUGGAGUUGAAAAAGUGAUUUUUGGACGAAAUUUAACGGAUUUUCAAAUUAAAAUCACUUUUUUGGAUGCAUUAUGGUGGGCUAUGGGUGAUGAGAAGUUGUUUGGAUUGGAUCGAUUCGUACAGGUCGACAUUGACGACGUUUUCGUCGGCGCGCAAAGCACACGAAUCGUUGAAGAAGACGUUCGUCAUCUGAUUUCCGCCCAGAACCAUUUUCGAAAUUUUAUUGAAAAUUUCAAAUUUUUAUUGGGAUUCUCGGGAAGCUACUUCCGAAACGGCGACGAUUUCGAAGAUCGAGGAGACGAAAUUUUGAUAGAAAAUGCUGAAAAAUUCGUUUGGUUUCCACACAUGUGGAGGCAUAAUCAUGCACAUGAGCAUAAUUUUACGUAUUUGGAGUCGAUUAUGGUACAGAAUCGGCUGUUUGCACAGAACAUGCAUCUCCCCAUCGACUACCCAUAUGCAAUCGCGCCCCAACACGACGGCGUUUUUCCGGUUCACGAACAGAUGUACGAGGCGUGGAAGAAGAUCUGGAAUGUUACAGUAACCGCUACAGAAGAGUAUCCACAUCUGAAACCAGCCACCGGACGGAAAGGAUUCAUUCAUUCAGGAAUCCACGUAUUGCCACGUCAAACAUGCGGACUCUACACGCAUACACAGUUUUUUGACGAAUAUCCGGAGGGAUUUCAAAAAGUUAUCAAAAGUAUUCAAGGAGGAGACUUGUUUUUUACGAUUUUACUGAAUCCGAUCUCAAUAUUCAUGACCCAUCAACAAAACUACGCUCAUGAUCGCCUGGCACUGUACACUUUCGAGAAUUUGUUUCGAUUUUUGAAUUGUUGGACAAAUAUCCGGCUAAAAUGGCAGAGUCCUGUGGAAUCGGCAAAAAUGUACUUUGAGAAGUUUCCAGAAGAGCGGAUACCACUUUGGACGAAUCCAUGUUCGGAUCCACGUCAUCAGGCGAUUCUUCCACCAUCCAUGAGUUGUUCCAAGAAAUCGCUUCCCGAUUUAUUGAUAAUUGGACCACAGAAAACAGGAUCCACCGCACUGGCCAGCUUCCUGGCCCUUCAUCCGAAUGUGUCUCAAAAUAUGGAAAUUCCCGGAUCUUUUGAAGAAAUUCAAUUUUUUAGCGGACAAAACUAUUUGAAAGGUGUAGAAUGGUACAUGUCGAAAUUUCCCAACGAGACUACAGUAAUCUUCGAGAAAUCCGCCACAUAUUUUGAUAAUCCGUCAGCGGCGCGCCAGGCGGCCGCUAUGGUACCUCAUGCGAAAUUAGUCAUAAUUCUACAGAAUCCCACGCAGAGGGCUUAUUCUUGGUUUCAGUCCCUGUUCCAGCACCUGAUUGCUCAUAAAGAUCCAAUUGCAAUGUCAUCAGAAUCACUCGACGUGAUUCUGAAUUCCACGUCAUCUGAAUCCGCGAAAUUCAAAAUUCGUCAACGAUGUCUUUCUGGCGGAAGAUAUGUGCAUCAUUUGGACAAAUGGUUGGAACAUUUCUCACUUCAACAAAUUCAAUUUAUUGAUUCUGAUGAAUUGAGGAAGGAACCGGCGAAGGUCCUCUCAUCGUUAUCAAAAUGGCUGGAUCUUCCCGAAUUUCCAUUCGAGACCCAUAUUCGUUUCAGUCCAUCAAAAGGCUUCCAUUGCCGUUUGAUAAAUGGAAAAACGGAGUGUUUAGGAGAGAGUAAAGGACGGAAAUAUUCGGAAAUGUCCCAGGAAUUACGACAAAAAUUGGACGGAAUUUUUGCUUUGGACAAUUCGGCACUUUUCAAAUUUCUGCGAAAAAAUCGACUGAAAAUUCCGGAUUGGCUGGAAGAAGCCGUUCGGAUUCGCGUUUAA